GUUGAUGAGCUGCUUCAUGGUACCAAUAAAGCCUGAUUGCAUCGAUUUGGUUUUGUCAACUCUAAACCAAUCCUGCAACCCCGAGUUUGUUCAACUACCAUCAUGGUACAGGCCCCUGGAAGACAAUUCACACUGAAGAAACGCGAUGUAAACAAAGGAAUAACCAUCGAUAUUACAACGUUAUUGUUUCUUUGGACAACAAAUGCUCUAUGGGAUGUUAUUCAGUGGACCCUCAGCUUUCCAUUCAAGUUGGAAAUUUUUGCGGUGGAUGCGCGUAUGACUCGUUAUUACUACAAUAAUGUCUGAUGGAGCUGAUUGAAAACAAGGAUUUUCCAGAAAGAAAAAGCCUGAUAGAGAAUCGAAGACUAGAGAUCUGCCAGGAGUUGCUGCAAGGACUUCAGGAACUGCAUUCAUAUGGAAUUUUGCACAGAGACCUGAAGCCUGAAAAUAUUUUGUUUGAUAUCAACAAUAAACUGUACAUCGCAGACUUUGGAGUAAGCAGAAAACUGGAUCUGGCACAAACCACACUGCUCUCUCAAAUGGCUGGAUCUUUUUCUUGGUCAAGUUAUGAAGAUGUUGGAGGCAUGCAAUACAAGUACAAGAAAGAAUCAGAUAUCCAGGUAGCAGGAUGCUUGGUGAAUUACAUCCUGACGGACGGGCAACACCCCUAUCAGACAACUACACCCUACUCCAAGGAUCCAGUUGGACUAUCUCAAAAUGUCAGAAUGGGUAACUUCGCUCUUCAAUGUGAAGAAAGAUGGAUAAGACAAAAAGAUAUUAUUAGCAGAAUGCUGUCUAAAUCGAUUGAAGAACGCCCCACCAUUGAGGAAUGCCUUCAGUCUUUCACAUGUUUCGAACACCAGUCUGAUUACACUGGAACCACAAACAACUUUAGCAAUGUGAAUGAAAAUGAAGUAAGACAGAACCCAUACAGCGGAUUGCUGUCCCCAAACAUCAGAUGA